UUUGCUGCUGCGCAGAUAGUCAGAAGCCUUCAUCUAUGAGAGGAGCGCACAGCGCAGCUGCUUGGAGGAGGCGCACUGAGGCUCUCCCAGAGUCCUGCGAACAAAAUCUGAAUCCAGCCCAAGGUCCACCUUGUCCUUUUCUGGAUGGAGGACACAGGCAGCAGCUGGACACCAGAGCUCACCACUUCAUAUAUGCAGCAGGAUGAUGGGAACGACACGGGUCCAGUGUUUGAGGUGGUGCUGCAAAACAGCUCGUCCAAGCGCAUCCCUCAGUUUGCUGGUGUGGAGCUACUGCAGUCAUUCAAGCUGCUCAUCAUACCCUGCUACACUCUAGUGGCCAUCGUUGGUGUCUUUGGCAACUACCUGCUCCUCUAUGUGAUUUGCCGCACCCGCAAGAUGCACAACGUCACCAACUUCUUUAUUGGAAAUUUGGCUUUCUCUGACAUGCUGAUGUGUGCUACUUGCGUCCCCUUCACUCUGGCCUAUGCUUUCAGCCCCCACGGCUGGGUGUUUGGCCGAUUUAUGUGCUACUUGGUGUACCUCAUCCAGCCGGUGACUGUUUACGUGUCAGUGUUCACACUCACUGCCAUUGGUGUGGACAGAUAUUAUGCUACAGUUCAUCCACUGAAGAAGCGAAUCUCAGUGUUGGCGUGCACCUACCUUCUGUCUGGGAUCUGGCUGCUCUCCUGUGGUUUGGUGGCUCCCGCUGUGGCUCACACAUACCACGUGGAGUUUAAAAACGAGGGUUUCACCAUCUGUGAGGAGUUCUGGAUGGGUCAGGAGAGAGAGCGGUUGGCUUACGCCUACGGCACUCUCCUCAUUACCUACGUCCUGCCUCUAUCGGCGCUCUGCAUCUCCUACCUGUGUAUCUCAGUCAAACUGAGGAACUGUGUCGUGCCGGGCCACCACACCGAAAGCCAGGCAGAGGCCCAGCGCCUUCGCAAGCGCAAAACCUUUCGCCUCGUCAGUCUAGUGGUUGCAGCUUUUGGCAUCUGCUGGAUGCCCAUUAGUGUGUUCAACGUUCUGCGUGACAUUGACAUUGGUCUUAUCGAUAAGCACUACUUCCUGCUCAUCCAGCUGCUCUGUCAUCUGUGUGCAAUGAGCUCGUCCUGUUGUAACCCUUUCCUUUACGCAUGGCUCCAUGAUCGCUUUCGCGCUGAGCUUCGCAAAAUGUUCACAUGUCGCCGCCGCAUUGGCAUCUCUGCUAACAAUUGUGCCACAGCCAGUGUGGUUUUGUGAGUCUCUUGUGCUUCAUGCUUAUCCUGACAAUCUUGUGAUUCCAUUAAGGUACAGCUCUGCAAGUAUAAAAAGGAACUCCCACUUAGUCAACCCAUUUCAUUUGAAAAUGUAUAUUGUCCUAUUGUUAACCAUUCUUCAAUGACUUUAAAUGAAAAUGUCAGGAUGUCAGUGUUUAUUUUUAGAUAAAAGUCUACAAGAUUUCCUAUUCUAAUGUCUUCUUACUCUGUUCAAUAAGCCUUUACUACAUAAAGGUGUCUCGAGGUGUUGUUAACAGUGUGGAAAGAUGAGCCACUAAUGCACAGUGAAGUCACUUAGGGUACAUCAUUUACUGUAAUGUAUUUUUCAUCUAUUACUUAAGGCUAGUUUCAGUUCAGACAUAAUCAUCAAGUCUCAUCUGUGUUUGAGCUGUGAAACUAAAGGCAAAGUCAGCUGGAAUAAAAUGCAGACUACUUGAAUUUUAUUGAAUUCAACUACAAUUAUUCUACUACAGUAAAGCUGAAAGU